GUUCAGUUUUUAGUUUGUAGCCGAGUUGAGAUAAGGCUUUCUGGGAAGUGUAGCCUGGUUGGACAGCAUUCCAUUUAGAAAUAACCAUGUGUGAACAGCUGGGACCCUCUCUCUAACACUUUAAGAAACCUGGAUAUAUAAAGUCAGCUUUGUAAGAUGUCCCUGAUGGCCAUGUCUGCCCCCCGGUCGUCUGUGUUUACAUUUGAGUCUACAGCACAUUCCUCCCAUGUGUUGCGCUGCCUGGACGAGCAGCGUUGUCGGGACACGCUGUGUGAUAUUACAGUAGUGGUGGAGGGUCAGAGUUUCAGAGCCCACCGCUCAGUGCUUGCUUCCUGUAGUGAGUACUUCACUCACAGGAUCUCCUCCCUGACACAACAUGGAGCCGUCAUCACUCUGCCACAAGAGGUAACAGUUGCUGGCUUUGAACCUUUGCUGAAGUUUGCCUACACAUCCAAACUACUCUUUGGGAAAGGCGAUGUCUUAGAAGUACGGAGCUCAGCCUCUAUUCUAGGUUUCAGAGACCUAGAUGAAGCAUGCUUUGAUUUCCUCCUCCCUAAAUUAUUUUCUGACAGUCAGGGCUCUGCUCCUUUUCCAAGAAAGACCUGCUGUAAGAAGAAAUGCAAAAGGCGAUUAUCAAAGGAAUACUGCGGUAUUGACUAUGACGAUGAGCUGUUGGAUGAGAAAGAAGUAAAACCAGUUGCUGACUCACCAUCUCAACAGGAAGUGGCCUGGCUUGGUAACAAAUCAGUGAACAGAAAAAUAGGAAGUCAGAACAGUACAAGCACUCUUACACCUGUAGCUCAAGGGACAAAUGAUUUUAUACAGUGCCCAAAGUAUCGCAAGUUCCAGCUGGCUUGUGGGAAGGAAACUUUUGUCACAGAGAAAAGCCUGAGCAAUCCAGUAACAGUAACUAAGAAUGACCUUCCCUGCUCACCCUGCGGCAGCAGUGUGAACAGCAAGAAUGAAACAGAAAGGAAUGCGAUUGAAUUCCCUGGAAAGAGUUCGUCAGAUCCCACCAGACAGAGCAAAGGAAGGGCAGAUGAGCCAUGGAAAGAUGAAAUACAGGACAUGCAAACAGAGGGAUACAGGGGCAGAGGGGGUGCUGUGCUUAAGAAAGACACAGAGGAAGAGGAGGAAAGGGAGAUGGAGAAAGAGAUGGAGCAUAGCUCUGUACUCACCUUUUCAGAGAGAUCUGAUGUCAAGGCAGUCUCCUCGGGGCCAAGCACAGUGCUGGGUGAAAGGUCACCGGGGUUAAUAUUUCACCAUUGCCCCCUUGAGGCCAUUGGUGAGGGCCCUGCAAUUAGUAGGUCUCUGGGGCCAAAGAGGUGCAUGGUGGACAUUACAGAGGGCCAGAAAACAAGGAAUUCUGCUGCACAGGAGCCACCAUCUAUUCAUCAAGAGACAGGGGAACAGGUAGAAGCUGAGGGGAAAAGGAAAGAUAUUGUAAUAGAGUUCCCCGGGCAAGAAAAAGGACACGGCAGCAUGGAGCAGGCGGCCCUGCCAGUGAAUAAUGGCAGAGAGAGGAGCAUUACAGAAAGAGAGGUGGCUGAGCACCUUGCUCAGUGGCUCGGGUCAAACACGUCCUCCUCUCAUCCGAAUCUCCAGGACCCUGAUGCGGGAAGUUCCUCUGAUACCAGGUGCAGACAGACGCAAAGCACAUCUUUAGAAUGGCUGCAGGCAAAUCUCAGCUCCACAAGCAACAGCUGCCCCUUUCUCCAGGAUUUAGACCAAAGCAAAUGUUUAUGGAAGGGAGCGGGGUCUGAGUGCGAAGCAGUGUCUCAGUCAGGUGUGUCAUCCCUCAACUCAGGGGAGGAUGGAGACUCAGAGACAGAGGGAGACAGCGAGUCCUACACAAGGGAGAGGGCCAGGCAGAUGCAGUUACCCUUCUCUGUGGACUGGAUUGUGGAUCUGAGUAGAAAUGACUUCCAACAGCUGCUGAAGCAACAGGUCUUUACUCGUGAACAGCUGGAGUUUGUCCAUGAUAUGAGACGGCGCAGCAAAAACCGCCUUGCAGCCCAGCGCUGCCGCAAGAGGAAACUAGACUGCAUAUACGACCUACAGUGUGAAAUCACCAAGCUGAAGACGGAGAGGGACAAACUGAUGACUGAGAAGAGCCACCUGGGCCAGCUGAAGUCGAAAGCAUAUCACAGCGUCUCUGACUUGUGCCAGAGGGUCUGCAGUGAAGCUAAACUGCAGCCUGAGCAGCUCCAGGUGUUGGCCAAAUACACCUCUCCAGACUGCCCUCUGUCCUCUUUAUUUUCUCACAUAGACUCUCUCCUUUCAUGUCACCCACAGGCUUCACACUCGGCUUGUACCAUGGGUAAUGACAAAUAUAUGGCAUCUGAGGAGGCUUUGUCCAGCUCGAACAGGGACACAAGCACAGGGGAUAGUCAAGACACAGGGACACAUUAGUACACAGUGUACAUCACCUUUGUAUAAACCCCAUAAGAUAGUGGUGCCUGAGUUUAGUUAUUAAACCAAAGGUCCCCACCCUGUGUCAUCUAAAGACAUUGCCAUGGACAGUCUGCAAAAUAAAGCAGUGGUGCACUUAUGGCAUAGGAUAAUGCAAUUAAAAUGAGGGCCAUAAUCACCACAUGUUUUUAUUAACUCAUGCUACUCUCACUAAAGGUCACUAAAGCAUUCCAGGUGUCCAAACCCACUGGACCAUGUCCUUCAGGAGGAAUUGUGUCCAGCUUUGCAAAUGGCUUAUUACCUUUUUAUAGGCACUAAUUAACUGUCUACAAAUCAACCCAGCCAGGGUGUAUGUUGACAAUUAGAUAGAAGGAGGUUCUCAGGUGUUAACAAGAAAAUUCAGCAAACAAUACCUCUCGCUUACUGUAUUGGUUCUGCAAUAGUACAAAAUGACAGCAUUUUGCACAAAACCGGACAACUCAACAAAUACACUUGACAUAGUGUGUCAUGUUUACCUUGUGGCUGUAAGUCUGGCUUUCAUAUUUCAGGCUGUCAUUGUGGUUGCCUCUCCUCAGCUGACCACAGUGACACAGCUCUUCUAGGUUACACACACCUCUCAGAUCUUUGUUUUCACUCACUGAAACAGACCUCACAAAUGUUCCUAAAUAUGUUUAAAGUGCCAUCUGAACAAAACAGCACCUUAUACAUGAGCACAGUACACUUUUAGUAGAAAAAGCUGCCUCACACUGUAUAAUAAAAAUCAAGUUCGACAUCAUGGGUGUGGCCUGUAAUGGGUGCAGGUUUUAUAAUCUGUACUUUAUGAUAGUCAAGUGAAAGAAACAUUAAUCUAAAUUACUGUCAAGGGUCGAGUGAACAAUGCAACAUUAACUCAUUCAUAGCUACAGUAUGAGUACAUUUAUGUUUAUAUUUUGUGUGUCCUAUCAACAGUAUAAUUUGUUUCUGUUUGUUUUUUGUAUCACAUGUAUUACUCCCUUUUCUGUGGCUUUUCUGUAGUCCUUUAUCUAUGAACUUUAGAAAAUCUUAAACACUCAGGAUUCUUCACAGACAAGCUGCUUUGAAAACUUUAUGAUUAGGUUUGUCUGUAUAUAUGUGCACAUAUUUAUAGAUUUGUUUUCAUCCAUGAUGAUCAUCACAGUGCAGCUGGUACGACAAUGAUUUGUGGAAAAUAUCAAAUUAACAUACACAUAGUAAAUCCAGAAAUCAGGAAUGCAUUGAUUUUAUGAGGAAAUGCUGAGCAGCCAUGUUGUGUUUUUGAGAACAGGUGAUGUUUAAUGUUAUGAGAAUGCUUCUUUUCUCCCACCCAGCCAACUGCAGGAAUACGCAGUCUGAGAAAGGGAUGGUAACACUGGUGCUUAUUGCCCUCUAGUGGCAGUGCUCGCAAAGUUAAUAGACUAAGAGCUGUACAGAUGUUUACUACUGUACAGUAUACGCUACACAAAUGCCUUUUCUACUGUUUUCUAUCAUUUACAGUGCACAAAAAUGACUAUAUCUUUCUGUGACAAUGUCCAAGUGAAUUUCUGCAUUUUUUAAGCAAAAGUGAAACAAAACAAAUCAACAUUAAAACUGAAAAAAUG